UGUUGCAUUGUAUUGCUGGCGCCCCUCUAUUUUUGGUACCAGUUGGAGACUUGAUUGCUGAUAUGGCGCUUGCCACAUUGACUUCGACACAGAUUGGGGUAUCGACGAGGAAGGAGGUCAGGGCUGUGACAUUGGUUGUGAGAGAGAGGGAAUCUUACCCGAUUAUUGUUGUCAACAUUACGUGUUGCUGUGACGUCUUCAUAAGUGAUUUGUACGAUGUUGUGAUCGUUGUGACAGCAGCACUGGGCCUUGCAGUUCAAAGCAUCAGGCGCAGCAGCACUGGGACUUGCAGUUCAAAGCAGCAGCUCCUAAACGACAACAUCAAGAACAAUGACUCCAACAAUGGGAAGAGGAGGAAGCAGAAGACGAACAGAAAGAAAAUGAUGAUGAUAAUGACGAUGAUGACGAUGAUGGUGGUGGUGGUGGUGGUGGCGGCAGCGGCGGUGUUGGUGUUGGUGGUGGAGGUGAUGUUGUUGGUGGUGGUGGAGGUGAUGUUGGUGGUGCUGGUGGUGGUCGCGCUGUUGGUGGUGGUGGUGGAAAAUGGUGACGACGAUGAUGAUGAUGGUGGUGGUGGUGGUGGUGGUGGUGGACGUGAUGGUGGCUAUGGUGGUGAUGGUGGUGAUGGUGGUGAUGGUGGUGAUGAUGGUGAUGCUGGUAAUGGUGGUAGUGGGGUCGGUAGUGGUGGUGGUGGUGGUGUGAAUAGUAACUAUUUACCACAAAGUGUGUAUGUCCUCCGGUCGAUUUCCUUUGCAAAUCCAAAAUCUGCAAUUUUCACAUUCCCUAGUGCAUCCAGCAGUAGAUUCUCAGGCUGCAAUUUCACCACAAAGUACGAGUUCAAGACAAAACCAGAAAUGUAAGUGCCUUCAAGUUUUUUUAUGUUACUACUAUGUUGGGUUGGAAAACCCAGUUUUGGAAUCCUCCUCUUCUCCCCCUUUCCCCCUCCUUAGGAAAAUAAAUAAAUAAAUAAAUAAAUAAAUAAAUAAAUAAAACCAGG